AUGGCCGAUCCAAAGAAAGCCAUUGCCAAUAUACCAGACUUUAAUGGGGAAUCAAUCGAUAAAAUUGAAUCGUGGUGUCUUCGUAUCGAAUAUGCAUUUGCGUCACAAAACAUCCAAGACCCUGCACGAUUGUUAGUUAUUCCAACAAAGUUAAACGGUCAAGCACUGAUGUGGUACGAUCGUAUGCAUAGAACAACACUAUUUCAAACAAAUAUCUAG